CGGACUCUCACCUGCUAGACUGUCAAGACCACCAGACUUCACCCAGUGGAGACUGGAGAAUUGUUUGGUGCCAUUUCUUGGGCUUGGCUCCUGAGGGUGAGAAUUUGAGCCGAGGAAGAUAUUCCAGGGACUCUUCCCAUGACACUGCCAUGAAGGAGGCCGAUUCUUCUUCCUCAUUGUUGGUGCUGUUCAACCAUGUUUAGAGAAACCAGGAGACUGCAUCAUGGCGGGGAAGCCCAAGCUUCACUAUUUCGAUGGACGAGGCAGAAUGGAGUCCAUCCGGUGGCUCCUGGCUGCAGCCGGGGUAGAGUUUGAAGAGAAAUUUGUAGACACUUCAGAAGACUUGGAAAAGUUAUGCAAUGAUGGGAGUCUGAUGUUCCAGCAAGUGCCAAUGGUGGAAAUUGAUGGGAUGAAUCUGGUGCAGAGCAGAGCCAUUCUCAACUACAUAGCUGCCAAAUACAACCUCUAUGGGAAAGACAUAGAGGAGAGAGCCCUGAUUGAUAUGUACAUAGAAGGUAUAGCAGAUUUGAAUGAAAUGAUCCUGCUUCUGCCCAUAAGCCCACCUGAUCAAAAAGAUGCUAAGAUCACCCUGAUCAAAGACAGAACAGUAAAUCGUUAUCUCCCUGCAUUUGAAAAAGUGUUGAAGAGCCACGGACAAGACUACCUGGUUGGCAACACGCUGAGCAGAGCUGACAUUCAGCUGGUUGAACUUCUCUACUAUGUCGAAGAGCUUGACCCCAGCCUUCUGGCCAACUUCCCUCUGCUGAAGGCCCUGAAAACCAGAAUCAGCAACGUCCCUACCGUGAAGAAGUUUCUGCAACCUGGCAGCCAGAGGAAGCCUCCAGCGGAUGAGAAACUUGUAGAAAAAGCAAGAAAGAUUUUCAAGUUUUAAUAAAGCAUGCAUGCCCCCCAGCACAUGCUGGACCACCUUCUGAAACCUUUCAAAAAUGAAGUACUUGACCUAAAUGUAGAUCCUGGCUAUGUGAGACUAACAUACUAUUCCAAGGUUUUAGUGGUAAUUAAAUAAUAGCACUCCUAUGAGCAGUUUUAGUUACAAUUUAUUCUUUUCAUUAGGAUCAAAUAUGAAAUCAGGUUUUCAAUCUCCUUCUAUACUGUCUCUUGCUUGGAAUGAAAAAUUAAAUACAAAAGGGAAACAUA